ACGUAAAGGCAGCAGCAUUUCCUGUUCCCCGCUUGUUGGACUCACUCGCCAUUUUGAUAUAGUCGAGUAGGGCUGGGACGAUCCAGUUAAGAGUUAAAGUUGCAGCUAACCGUCGACGUAAACAACAAAUUCGGAGACGCUCUGAGGAAGAAAAAUUGAAGCUAACAAUGAGUGGUUGUCGUGUCUUCAUUGGCCGCUUGAGCCCGCAUGCCAGAGAGAGAGAUGUGGAGAAGUUUUUCAAGGGAUAUGGCCGGAUUCGGGAAAUCAACUUGAAGAAUGGAUUUGGCUUUGUGGAAUUUGAUGACCACAGAGAUGCAGAUGAUGCUGUGUACGAGUUGAAUGGCAAAGAAUUGUGCAGUGAAAGGGUCACUAUCGAGCAUGCUCGUUCCAGAAGAGGAAGAGGUGGCGGCCCCGGAAUGGGCCGUUUCGGCGGUGGCGGCGGCGGUGGGGGUGGUGGCGGCGGCGGUGGCGGCGGCGGCUAUCGCCAAUCUCGCAGCAGUGGAUCCAGACUGGACAGGUAUGGCCCUCCUGUGCGGACCGACCACAGGCUCAUUGUAGAGAACCUCUCUUCACGGAUUAGCUGGCAGGACCUGAAAGACCUGAUGAGAAAAGCAGGUGAAGUUACCUUUGUGGACGCUCACAGACCCAACAAAAAUGAAGGAGUGGUUGAGUUUGCAUCCCGCAGUGACAUGAAGAAUGCCAUCUCCAAGCUGGAUGGGACAGAACUGAAUGGACGCAAGCUGAAGAUCUUUGAGGACAGCAGAAGUCACAGCAAGAGCCGCUCCCGUUCCCGCAGCUACUCUCGGUCAAAGAGUCGUUCCAGGAGCCGCAACCGUUCCAGGAGCCGCUCCAGGUCUGCCAGUCGCACCCCAGAGAGGAGGCCAUCGGGAGGGGGCAAGGCCGCCGGCAGAUCCCCCUCCAGGUCCAAGUCUCGCUCCAAGUCCCGCUCCAGGUCUCACUCACGCUCACCUGCUCCCGCUCAGAACAAACAGUCCCGCUCCCGUUCUCGUUCCCGCUCUCGGUCCCGUUCACGUUCCCGCUCCGCUUCAGCAGACAGCAAACACUGAGAUUGGUUCACCUGUAGGCCGUAAAAUAGACUGAUAGUUGCUCACCAUAGGCCUGAAUGGUGGCAUGUGAUUGUUUUUUUUAUGAAGGGGAGGAAAUUGCCUUUUACAUGGCUUCUUUGAAAUAAGAUCUUCAGUCAUUAAUGUGCCCACAUUGGCUUAGAUUUCUUUUUGUUUUGAUGUUUUUGUUAGUUUAGAUGUGCUUCCACGGGAAAACGAUUUUUUUUGUUUUCCUGUUACUUCAUGAUUUAUGCAUUUCCCUCUUUUAAAACCCCCUUCAUGUUUUGAUGAAAUACAGAGUGACAGAAAACAUUUUGAUCAGUGAUACCUGUUACAGUCCUGCAGCCUGUCCUAGCUGUCAGCCAUGUUAUGAUUCCAUCCACUCCCCUGUGCUUUGCCUGAGUGUUGUGAGCAGUUCAAAGUUAGGUGGGAAUGGUAUUCAUUCUCCAAAAUGUUGAUGAGUAUGUUUUUGUUUGUAAUGCGGGCUCCUGGCAUUGCCGUGAAACUGUGAUUCUGCUUCUGAUGAGGCACCGUAACAGGUGCCUCUACGUGUGUUGCAUUCACUGCCCUGAUAUGUGAACAUAAAAAUGCAAACAUCUCAGUUGGUGGUUUAUUUCAGCUUUCUUGUGUAAUAAUGUUGGAAUCCGGCAUUUCUGUUUGGUUAACACUGCUGUAUCAGGACCUCGUCUCGUGUUGGUGAUUAAUCUUUGCUUUUAUUUACUCUUAUCUCCAGCCUUGGACUGUGGGUUGUUGUGGGUCUGAACACAAGUGUCUAUUUCAGCAGGAAGAAAUGUUUCUAAAUAGGUUUAUUAAUUUGAUACUAAUAAAACACUCACUGCAUAUUGUCAUUUAAUUUUUUUAGUAAUGUCCAGAAAGAAAGGUGACUUUUUUUUUUUUUUUUUUUUAAUAUUUUGUGAAUGUGGGUCAGGAGACUCAUACAUAUUGAAUAAAGUCUCUGCAGUUUAACCAAAUAAAGAUUUCACAAACUGUUAAA